AUGCUCGCAAAGCACAACAAAUCCCUUUAUAAGGUUACUGAGAAGAAAAGGUACACUUUCAAAUACCUUCCUGGUGCUUCAUGCAGUUGCAUGGAAGCCAUGGAUGUUGACAACAAGAAUGAUUAUGCCAAGAUGGUGAAGAACAUCAUUUCAGAGAAACUCAAAAAGGUCAAGAUCUUCAUUGAUAUGAAGAAUGUCAAGAAACUGCCUGUUUCUACCCAUGAAGCAAGAAAUGCUGCCAGCCAUGAAAGUGGAGAAUCUGAGGAUGAGGAAACUGUGCUUGUCACCAAGACUGGUGCUUCAGAGCUCAAUGGUAUGGAGAUUCCUUGUACCCCAGCAAUGGUGAAGGAUUGGGCUUGUGCAAUGUAUGAUGGUGAAGCUAUGACUUCAAUGCCACCAAAUAUUCCAUCAUUCAACCCUGUGAAACUUCGAGAUCUUGCCCAUAACCAAGACCAUGCUGCAAUUCCUUCAACACCUCUGCCUACAGUCAAUGCUUCUGUGCCUACCCAUUCACCUAUCAUCUUGACACCAUCAAAGCUUACUCACUUCUUAAACAUUGGAGCUGGACCAGACAUCCUUGCAGAGAUUGCUGACCAAGAAUUUGCUUGCAUUGGGUUGACCCCAGGUGACAUCAUUUGUUUGAAGAAAGAAAGUGUCACUUGGUGGAAUGGCCCCCUUGUGAAGAAUGAGCCAAUUGACAGUACGAAGCAUAAGUGUAGUGAUACUACAGAUUCUGAGAUUCCUGAGGACAGGAGAUACCAGUAUGAGAAAAGAUACCAAUAUGAGAAAAGAUACCACAAUGGAGGACAUGCACGCAUCAAUGGUUCGGUAUUACUCAGAUGCCUCAUUGCUUACGCAUGUGCUUACUGA